UCACUUCAGACGCGCGGCCGCGCACUCGGCCUGCCCCAGACCGAGGCUGUGCCCCGCGGCAGAGGCUGCUUCUGGGCUGCGCUGGCUGGGCGCGCUGGGAGGAGGUGAUCGCAGCUGGGCCGGGACUUCCUUCCUCCACCGCAGGACAACAAAACAAGCCGGCCGCAGGCACCGGGCUCUUGGCAACCGUCUGGGCGGGAGGCGCAGCGAUGGGCUCCGUGCUGAGCAGCGAUAGCGGAAAAUCCGCGCCAGCCUCGGCCACCCCGCGGGCCCUGGAGCGCAGGGGAGACCCGGAGCUGCCCGUUACGUCCUUCGACUGCUCCGUCUGCCUCGAGGUGUUGCACCACCCCGUCCGGACCCGCUGUGGCCACGUAUUCUGCCGUUCCUGCAUUGCUACCAGUCUAAAGAACAAUAAGUGGACCUGUCCUUAUUGCCGGGCAUAUCUUCCUUCCGAAGGAGUUCCAGCAACUGACGUAGCCAAGAAAAUGAAAUCCGAGUUCCAGAAUUGCACCGAGUGUGACACCCUGGUUUGCCUCAGUGAAAUGAGGGCACACAUAAGAACAUGUCAGAAGUACCUAGAUAAGUAUGGACCACUACAAGAACUCGGAGAGACAGCAACAAGGUGCGUGUGUCCAUUUUGUCAGAAGGAAUUGGAUGAAGACAGCUUGCUGGAUCAUUGCAUUACUCAUCACAGAUCAGAAAGGAGACCUGUGUUCUGUCCACUUUGCCGUUUAGUACCUAAUGAGAAUCCAAGCAGCUUCAAUGGCAGCUUAAUAAGACAUUUGCAAGUCAGUCACACUUUGUUUUAUGAUGAUUUCCUUGAUUUUAAUAUAAUUGAGGAAGCUCUUAUUCAAAGGGUCUUAGACCGGUCGCUUCUGGAAUAUGUGAAUCAUUCGAACAGCACGUAAUUAUUUUAAAAGAAAAGGGAAGGAGACCGUACAAUUGCACUGUUUUUUUAAGAUGCUGCUUGAAGAAUUGGAGGGAAACUGUCAAUGUUUGAUGGGCAAAAAAGUAUACAACACAGUUAUGUUUGUCCAUGUUUAUUGUUAUAUUGCAUUUUAAAACUGCUUUCAUUUUGAUGGUUUAGGUCUGUUUUACAUUCUUGAGUUUCUUAGACACCUAACAGCAAAAAAGUCUCCAUCAGCCAUUAGUAAAUCGAAGAGAAACAAGGCUGAGUAUGUGGGUGAAGGAUCUUUGUUUGCAAAUUGGAUGACAUUGUGUGUAAUGCUACAUAUUGAUAACUACCCUCAUUAUUGGACAAGAUAACUAAUCUUUGUUCUGUGGAGAGUGAAACAAUGUGUGGACAUUCAAGGUAAUGUGAAAUCUGUUCCAGUACGCACAUUCUAACUGCCAAUGGAAUAACAUGAAUAACCUUGUAUGGCAGUAGGAAAGGAAAAUUUUGGAAAUCAACAACCUUCAUUUAACCAAAUUGUAUAGCAUAACUGUAACAAAAUAAAUUUCAUGUUAGGAAUGUAUACUUAAUGCUUUGACUUUUUAUAACUAUGCACACAUAAGAAUUUAAUAUUAUAUUUUUAAUACAGGCAACUUCUUAAGAACCAUCAGCUGAUAUUUACAGUAGAAGUAUUCACAUCCAUGUUUUAGUGAAAAAUCCUAAGGGCUUUGAUUUUUUUUUUAAUUUUAUCUUUUAGGAAAAUUAUAAAAUAAACCGAAAUACUGAAAAGCAAACAGAAAAUGUAUAGCUUAUUACAUUCUUAUAAGGAAACACUCUUUUAGAACUCUGCCAGUCACCUUGAAUGUCCUCUGUGUCCUGUCACAGUAAACAACCCUCUUCCCCAACCCCACGAAAGUAACCACUACAUUGAUUUUAAUAGUACUCACUUCCUUGCAUUUCUUUCUUAGUUUAUCCCCCAAGUGUGUAUCUCCACACACUAGCUUUUAAUCGUAUCCAUUUAAAAUUACUUUAUUAGAUAUAUAUCUUAACAUCUCUUUUUAAUCUAUGGGCUCCCUCUUCUUUUUUUCCUUAAAAUUUACCUAUUAAAGAACCUGGUCGUAUAAGUUUCUCACUGUCUGUAUUUUGUUAAUUGCAUACUCAUGGCACAAUUCAGCGUGUCCUUCUGUCCUCUGGUUAUUGACACAUGGAUCCAGAGAUCUGAGCAAACUCAGGUUCAGCCUUUUGGCCAGCCUAUAUAGAUCAUGGUAUACUCUUCCAGAAUGUCUGGUUCUCUCUUUUUGUGUUGUCAGCUGAAGUUGAUACUCAGUGCCUUUGAUUUGUCAUGGAUUGGAGAAUAUUCUGUCAUUUCUUUUUCAUUUAUUAGUUGGACUAUUUUUAUAAAGAGGUGUUUCCCCACAUCUACUAUUUGGUUAACCAGUGGUCAAGUUCAUAUAGGAAAGGGAGAAUAAAUACUUGAAUUUUCCCCUUUAUUUACCAGUUUUCAAGAUAAACAAAACUUGUUUUCUAUCAUCUAUAGAUCACUUUUUUUAAGUGUUGUGAACUCAUGGAUUCAAACAUAUUUGAUAGGCUUUAAUCCAUUUCGAAUAUUGCCUUAUUAAAGCUCAAAUUGUCCUAUCUUUGGUCACUGGGAGCUUUAUCAAGUUGACUCUGAGUCCUUUUGACACUGCUCUAGCUGUCUUUAUAAUGGCUUUCUUGUAGUCUCAUAUGGCAAGAUAUUCCAGGCUCAACUUGUAUGUUUCCUGCAGCAGACCUGGAAUCAGCCAUUUCUCUUAAGAAGCCUGGUUUCUUUCAGUGAGAAAUAGCACUUCAAAACCAUAGUUGUAACUGUUAAAUUCAUUGCGGCUAGAUUGGUCAUUGUUUCUAGGAGAGAGCUAGGAAAUAUCUUUUUUUUUUUUAAAUAAAACACUUCAUGAGUUUAUUUUGAUACUUUCAAAUCAAAUUAAGUACUACAGAGUUUUUGCUUAAUCUUUUCUAUUACAUUUGUGUCUUUUGUUUUUCUUUACUGAGAAUCCUGGUCUUCAAGGACACAGGAAUAUCCCACAAUUACUCGUUUCCUUCGUCUGCUUUACACAUGCAACAAUCUCAGAAUAAUACUAAUAAACCACCACCAAUAUGAUAGCUGGUACAACUAAAAAUGUUUUUCAUUUGUUCGCCCCAGUCUUCUGUUUUUUGAAGUUGUACUAUAUCAACAUUUUCAAGGAACUCCCUGGCACUCCAGUGAUUAAGACUCUGUGCUUUCACUGCUGAGGGCCUGGGUUUGACCCCUGGUGGGGAAACUAAGAUUCUGCAAGCUACACAGCAUGGCCAGAACAAAAAAGAGAUUUUUUUCCAGAACCUAUUGGUGUAACAUACAAUACUCUCUCCCUUCUAUCCCCCAUUUAGCCUUAGUUCUUCAAAUAACUGUAUAUCCAGUGCUUGCCACCACUCUUUGUUUGAUGACUCUGUUUUUCAUAUUUGGCUCUUUAAUGACAAAUCCAGGACAUAGAUUAAUAUUUCCAUCUUGAAAGCAAGCAAAGAAGCUAUGGAGACCAGUGAUUUCAACUCAUGAGGAUAAAACAUUAUUUGGUUGUGGUUAACUUCUUAAUUGUAAUCGUUUAUAAACUUCUUUGUUCCUUACAUGUAAAUGUAGUCCUAGUCAUGUUCCCCCAAAUUUUCUAUAGUAAAUUAUCUAUUACUUCUUAAAAGCCUUCCUUACAGUUCUUCCAUUCACCACAAGGUGAUUAGGAAAAUGUAAAGCUGGGUGAUAUUUAUUCCCUGCCUUUUAGAUACUGCUUUCAAGCUUGCUUUUCACAGCUGCUAACAAGUAACAACAGAUUUUAGUUUCACCACCUCCCUUCCUGCAUUUUGGAUGGCUCAUCCAAUAAAGCAAAACCUAUUGGACAACAAGGGCAAAAGGAGAGGAACUUUAAGAGGUAAUCAUUAGAUUGAAAAUCUAGUCCUGGAAAAAUAAAAGAAUAUAUUUCUGAAUAUUAGUACUCACUAUCCAGGAAAUAAUUUUUUGCUAAUUCUGAGCAAUACAAAAGGCAUCUUUAAAUCUGUAAAACUUGAAAAAAACCUCAAAAUUUAAAAACUGUAUUUUGAGUAAAGCUUUAAGUCACCUGCCACUGCUAAACCUCUGUGCAGCAAUUCUACAUCCUGUCCCUAGAUUCCUCUUAUGAUAAUUUUGCCCCCUACAGGACAAAUUUGGUGCUGGCCGCCUGAAUUAUUUUGCCUUUUGAAUUAUUUUGAGUUCUAAAAUAGUGAAGUGCAACCAUUAUUCAUUGUUUCACCGUGCCUUUGACCUUUUAUAAAAAGGAAUUUAUAAUUCAUUGUUUUAAAAAACAAACACCAAUAUUUGAACCUGUUGACUAAUAAAAAAUUUCACUCCUUUUUUUAAAUAGCACCUCAAGAUGCCAAUUUUUCAAGGCCUUAUGAGGAAAAAGCUGAUUCACAUUAUUCUUUAAAAGCGUAGUUCUUCUAAUCCUACAAAAACCUAUGGAGAUUUUCCUUUUAUGUGUUUUUUCACCCAAGUUUCUAAAAUGUAUAUUGAGAAAUUGGAUUGGGAAUCUAUAGUCAAGAUAGUUCCAACUCAGCUCUUCUAAAAAAUCCUUGCUCUAAUGAUGUUACUUUAUUCCUUUUACUGGGUGCUAAGUGUCUUUUGUUUUCAAAUGAGUUUACAACAGUUAUUGAACAUGUUUAACAUAUAAUUAGUAACUACAAGUGGCACUGAAGUUAUUUUAGAAGGUCACUAAGAGAUUCAUCCUUUUGUUAUUCAACUGCAAAAAAUAAAUCUGUAUAAUGAGCAGAAUUUAAAAUGUACAAUUCUUUUUCUUCUGUAAAUAUGUAUGAUUGUGAGAAAUAAAGAAUGGCUGGACCAUUG